AUGCUCAAGGUUGAAAGUAAAGAAAUUGGUGCUGGCCAUUUUAGCAACGUUUUUUAUGGGCAACUUAAAUGCUAUCAGAACUCAAUGACAAGCAGCCGAAUUUCGGGUAUUUCUGUUGCUGUGAAACGAUUCAACAAAGAAAAAUGCUGUGCAAAACUUCGUCAUAAAAUUUUAUGUCCGAACAUCAGGGAAUAUUUUAAGGAGGCUUCUUUCGUGCUUCGAGCAAAGAGUAAAUUUGUUGUUGAAAUUUACGGUAUAGCAAUCGAAGAUGACAACCAUCCUGUUAUCGUGAUGCCUUUAUAUAACAAAAACAAAAGUAUCAGCGAGUAUGUCAGUAAUUCUUCAAACAUCAUACGAUUUACAAGCGCUUUGAAACUUCUCUUUCAAUGUGCUUCCGGUUUCGAUUAUCUCGCGCAAAAUAGAAUUGUCCAUCGCGACAUAUCGGCCAAAAACAUACUUCUUGAUGACAACCUUAUUCCAAAAAUAUCGGAUUUCGGCCUCUCAUCUUGUGCGAUGGAUGACUAUGGAAGUUGUUACUAUACUAUGAGAACUACGGACAAGCCCCAACCACUCCGAAAUUUUGCCCCGGAAGUAUUUAAUUUGGAGUUUUCUACGUAUUCUGAUAUCUACUCCUUUGGAUAUGUUAUCUGGGAAGUAUUAAAUAGAGGUGGACAUCCUCUUGAUGCUUAUCUUCUGCGCCAGACAUGGAGCUACGAGCGGUCCGAGCGAAAAUCAUUCACACGUUAUUUCGACGGUUUCAAAGCUGCGUACAACUACAUCGGUCAAAAAAAGGGCAAUAUUCAAUAUAACUUGCUCAAUAUAAAUUUACAAAUACCUUCCAUUCUCCGAGUGAAACUGAAUCUUUCGUCGAACCACUACUUACAUAUUUCUGCAGCAGAGGUGAACAAUGAUUACAGAAAUUGGCUUAUUCAAACAGAAUCUGCUCGAUUUCUUCGGCCGGAAGAUGUUACCUUUCCGAGAAGAAAUCUUGUUUCAGCAUCAAGCUCUGUUUCAAACAGGGGAUAUCGGAAUCAAAUGAACGAGAACAGCAAUAAUUCCGAUCGAGAUCAGCACAGUGAAGCCAAAUGA